AUGUCGGUCAAGAUACAGUUCAAGACGUUCGAAUCGGCGGUAGACGCAGCCAGGAUGGCUGGCAGAGCACCGACUGUGCUGGUUCUCGGUCCAUGGCAUACAGGCACGCACGGUCUUGCAGCCAACCUUUCUGAAGAAGGCUACCAGGUGGUGUUGGUAGACACUACACCCGGUUCCGCCUCGCUUGAAGCUCUUCGACGUCGACCAGCUGCUGCUGAAACCGAGCAGUACACUGUUGACCAACAUUCGCGCGUCACCAACGGCUGGUGUAUUGCUAGAAACCUCAUCCACCUUAUCGAUUCCCACAUUCACGGUGGCUGGAACAACUUUACCGCUCUCAUCGCUUUCGGCUUGGAGCGGCAGGAUGCCGAUGUCACGCAUGCGCUGCACAUGCAAAGUUCGCAUCGUGGCGGCCUGUCCGCUGUCGUAGCCUACGGCGCGCAACUCACCAAAAGCCAGGUACUCGAAGCGGUUGGGCGUAUCUCAGAGUACCCGUUUCUCUCGCACUUGCCAGAGUCAGACCAAGAGCUGGUAGAUGCUCUGGUGCGAGCAGCCAAAAAGGGCGAAAUUCCACAAGACGCUCUACCAUUCCAUCCCGAGCUGUGCCAAUUUCAAGCAUCGUUGGGUCCCAUCAAGGCCAAGAUGGUCUCGAUCUUCACCUAUGCUUCGAUUGGCGUGGACCAAGAUGCUUCGGUUUGGGGAUGUGCAUUCCCAUUCUCGCACCAUACCAAGGACUUUGCCUUCGCUCAGGAUUCGAGCGUUAACGAUGCACACCGAAGUGCAGCGGCCAUGAGCUACUCUCGCACUGUAGCUCUGCUCAAAUCGACUAUGGGACCACGUUUCCCGCUUGAACAGCUUUGGGACCAACAUACAUACUUUGAAUUUGCUACUCGCGAUGCUGCAAAGACGAUGACGACCAUGGUGGCGCAGCCGUAUGUCAACCACGUCGCAUGCCUGACCGGCGGUGCAGGCUUUGAGCAACUUGCGCGCUUCUACCAGCACCACUUUACCUCGGUGUCUCCGCCGGAUACAACGCUCAUCCCGAUUUCUCGCACGAUAGGAAGCGACCGUAUCAUCGACGAGAUGCUGUUCAGUUGCACACACACGACGCAGAUCGACUACUUUCUACCCGGAGUACCACCGACAGGUCGCAAGUUGCGCAUCCCCAUGGUGGGCAUCGUCAAUCUGCGCGGUGACAAAUUGGCUUACGAAAGCCUGUAUUGGGAUCAAGCCAACGCGCUCGUACAGCUAGGCCUGCUGGAUGCAGUCAGCAGCUCACUCGAUCCAGACGUCACACUCCCCAUAGCGGGCGAUCAGGUGGCACAGAAGAUCCUCCAUCCUUACGGCAUACCCUCAAACCAUCUGAUGCCCAACUGGCCAGACAGCGAGUCAAAGAGCAUACCUGGCAUCACCAACGACACGGCUGCCUAA